GGGAAGCCUGCCCUGCGCUGCUGCGCUGGCUGUGCGCUCAUUUAGGGUUCAGAUCCGGGAGGUGGAGUGAGUCUCCGGCCCGGGUUCGAAGGCAGGUGGCGAGAUGAGGCGUGCGCCGGCGUUUCUGAGCGCAGCCGAGGUGCAGGACCACCUCCGCAGCUCCAGCCUCCUCAUCCCGCCUUUGGAGACCGCUCUGGCCAACUUCUCCAGAGGUCCCGCUGGAGGGGUCAUGCAGCCGGUGCGCACGGUGGUACCGGUGGCCAAGCACCGGGGCUUCCUGGGAGUCAUGCCAGCCUACAGUGCUGCUGAGGAUGCACUUACCACCAAGUUAGUCACCUUCUACGAGGGCCACAGCAACACAUCCACUGUUCCCUCCCACCAGGCUUCAGUGCUUCUCUUUGAUCCCAGCAAUGGCUCCCUGCUGGCGGUCAUGGAUGGAAAUGUCAUAACUGCAAAGAGAACAGCAGCCGUGUCUGCCAUCGCCACGAAGUUUUUGAAACCCCCAAACAGUGACGUGCUGUGCAUCCUUGGGGCUGGAGUCCAGGCAUACAGUCAUUAUGAGAUCUUCACAGAACAGUUCUCCUUCAAGGAGGUGAGAAUAUGGAACCGCACUAGGGAAAACGCAGAGAAGUUUGCAAGCACAGUGCAAGGAGAUGUCCAUGUCUGUUCAUCGGUGCAGGAAGCUGUGACAGGUGCUGAUGUCAUCAUCACAGUCACCAUGGCAACAGAGCCCAUUUUAUUUGGUGAAUGGGUGAAGCCGGGGGCUCACAUCAAUGCUGUUGGAGCCAGCAGACCUGACUGGCGAGAACUGGAUGACGAGCUCAUGAAGCAAGCGGUGCUGUAUGUGGACUCCCGGGAGGCUGCCCUGAAGGAGUCAGGGGACGUUCUGUUGUCAGGGGCUGACAUCUUCGCUGAGCUUGGAGAAGUGAUAUCAGGAGUGAAGCCUGCACACUGUGAGAAGACCACGGUGUUCAAAUCCUUGGGGAUGGCAGUGGAAGACUUGGUGGCAGCCAAACUAGUGUAUGACUCCUGGUCGUCUGGCAAGUGAGAGGAAGGAGCUGUGCACUGAACCCCGUUACAGCUCAAAGGCUGUCUCACAAUGUCUGGGUCAAAUGAGGGAUCCUAGUCCCCGUGAACUGCAGUGAUUUUCAUCUUGAAGUGCUGACAUCCCUACUCGUGUUUGUAGUUGGGUAGUUAAACCAGGUAACUAUUUCUUCUGUUACAAGGUGAUGUCAUCAUUGCCUACUCUUGAUCUCACUAGCUUUGUAUGUCUCUGAAAUAAAGCAUUUCCAUUUCUUCA